CUGACGUAGUUCUCUAGAAAGAUUUUACAUUCAUGAAUCAUGAUAGUGUGAGUAACGAGUACCGUACACGCGUACUUCUGUGUUGAUAUUCGAAUGGAUUAUUUCGUUUUGUCGCUGUUUUUUUAAUGGUCAUUUGUCAACAUUCGCGAUCGGCGCGCGGUCUUCUAAAUACCAUAUCAGGAAUAAUUUUUACAUGAUAGGUAAUAUAUGCCAAAGCUGAAAAAAUAGAAUGCGUGGUAGAGUGCAACAAUUCCUUGCUGUUUUUUCGGCAACACUGAGUGCUGUAUCCGAUGGAAUGCACUACGCCUGGACCGCUCCAAUUAUUCCACUCCUUCAACAUUCCAACUCUACACUUCAAGUUACCCACACGGACGUACUAUGGCUAGAAAACGUUUACAUGAUUGGAGGGUUUGCGGGAAUUCCCUUCACCGUGUUGACUAUAGACCGUUUUGGACGUAAAACCUCAAUCAUAGUAGGAGCUGUUCAAAGUGUGGUCUCGUGGAUACUAAUCGGUGUUGGGCCGUCGAUUGAGUACGUGUACGUGGCGCGUUUUCUGAGCGGAUUAGCAGGAGAUGUCGGAUUCGUAGCAGCACCGAUGUACGUAGCGGAGAUUGCCGAUAAAAAGAUACGAGGAUUUUUGGGAUCGUGGAUCUAUCUAAUGAUGCUAGUUGGAAUUGUAAUAAUCUACUCCGUUGGUCCUUUUGUCACACUUGCGGUCUCUUCGGCAGUUGGUUGUGCGUUUUUGGUUGUAGAACUGCUUACCUUCCCAUUUAUGCCCGAAUCACCGUACUAUCACGUUAUGAAGAAAAAUCCGGCGGCAGCUCGGAAAUCGUUACAAAGGCUGAGAUCGACGGACGACGUGCAGGAAGAAAUGGAGGAAAUAGCCGCUACGGUUAAAAUGCAGCUGUCCCAGGGACGCGGUUGCGGCGAUUUGGUGAUGAAGAAGAACAGCCGAAAGGCUCUACUGAUUAUGACGGUGCUCAAUUUAGCGCAGCAUUUUAGUGGAUACAGCGUUAUACUCAUGAACAUUCAUUCGAUAUUAGAAGAUGCCAGUGGUUCGCUAAGUGUUAACAACAUCGCUAUUUGGUACUCAGUUCUCAUGUUAGUUUCAGCAUUGUUAUCUUCGUUUAUAGUUGACAAAGCUGGAAGAAAAAUUCUUCUCGGCGCUUCGAGCAUUACAACUGGUAUAUCAGUGCUAGUUUUUGCAAUCUACAUGACCUUGAAGGAGUCUAACGUCGAUCUCACAUCGUAUAGUUGGGUACCUACUUUCUUCGUGAUGUCUUUUGCCAUUUGUUUUAAAUUUGGAUUGGGUAUUGUACCCAUUGUGACGACGGGAGAACUUUUCCCCACAGAUUUAAAAGCUCUUGGAAUGACAACUGCGGACGGUAUAUACAUCGUUUCGUCAAUCUUGUCCAUAUACGUAUAUCAAGUUCUGAAAGAAAACUUUGGGCAUCACGUACCAUUCUUUCUUUUUAGCGCGUGCUGUGUUUGCACAACAAUCUUCACUGUAUUUUUUAUACCGGAAACCAAGGGAAAGACAUUAAAAGAAAUUCAAAUAAUGUUAAACGGCCUUCCCUCUCUAAAGGACAGCAGCGAGGCCGAAGAAAAACUGAAUGCUCCAGAGAAAGCUUGAAGCUAGUACGGAAUCUCGCGGUCAUAACUGUGAUUUUUAAUUAACGCCAAUCUAUUUUUGGCGCUAAAAUAUGCAGUAUUAUAGACAGUAUCAUGAAGCUCGUAUAAUGUUAUAAUCAUGAGUGAUAGUAUUAUGAUGUGAUACA